AUGCCUCGCUUCGGCAGCUUCGCCGGCGCCAGAGCAAAUGAAGCCAAAGUCAGCCAGUCCAUCGUCGGCCGCAACAAUGCGAACAAACCUCAUGGAAUCGUGGGCAUGCUCAAGAAUCCCUAUGUCUUCAUGACCUGUGCCUUUGCUUCGCUCGGCUGCAUGAUGUACGGGUACGAUCAAGGUGUCAUGGGCCCAAUUCUGGUCAUGGAGAAUUUCCAGGCCCACUUCCCUUCCUUGACCGGCUCGACCAUCCAAGGCUGGCUCGUCUCUGCCUUGGAACUCGGCGCGUGGGCUGGAGCGUUGGUCAGUGGCUACCUGUCUGACCGGAUCUCUCGAAAGUACAGCAUGAUGGUCGCCGUCAUCAUCUUCACUCUCGGCACGGGAUUCCAGGUUGGCGCACAGAAUCCAGCCAUGCUCUUCGCCGGGAGAGUCAUAGGCGGUCUGGGUAUAGGAUCUUUCUCGAUGCUGAUUCCACUCUAUCAAGCUGAGAUAGCACCUCCUGAAUUGAGAGGAUCCCUUGUUUCACUCCAACAACUAUCUAUCACCAUCGGAACAUGCAUCAGUUUCUGGCUCGACUAUGGCAUGCACUUUGUCGGCGGGACUCACUGUGACCCUGAAGGAGUUGCAAACCCCUAUUCGUCCUCCAACACAUUCCUACCUUACGUUGCUCAUGGCCACACUUGUCUGGGAGAGAAGACGGUUUCGUGGCGGGUACCGUUGGCUCUUCAGCUGAUCCCGGCCUGGAUCCUCUUCUUUGGAAUGUUCUUCCUGCCGUUUUCCCCACGCUGGCUGAUGAUGAAGCAUCGCGAAGAUGACUGCGUGGCCGCCCUGUCCCGGUUGAGAAGGCUUGAUCCCUCCGACCCUCUCCUAGUGGCCGAAUUCCUCGAGAUCAAGGCGACCGUUCUGUUCGAUGAAGAGACCGAGGCGGAACUGAAGGGAAGCGGUGGCGUACUAGCUCCGUGGAAAGCACUAUUCGCACCAAAUAUGUUCAAGCGGUUGAGCAUUGGAUGUUGGAUUAUGAUAUUCCAACAGUUCACAGGUAUCAAUGCCGUCUUGUACUAUGCACCACAGAUCUUCGCAAGCUUCGGUUUCAGCUCAGUCACCACCAACCUGCUGGCCACUGGUGUAACCGGGAUCCUGCAAAUUAUCUUCACGCUGCCAUCCGUGUUUUUCCUCGACAACUUUGGCCGGAAGACAUUCUUGAUCGUUGGGGCGAUUGGGAUGUGCAUCUGCCACAUCAUCGUGGCAUCGGUGGAUGGCGUGUAUGAGGACAAGUGGGCUCUGAAACAAGGCCUGGCCAAAACCCCCGGAUGGGUCUCCAUUGCCUUCAUCUGGCUUUUUGCCGUCAACUUUGCCUAUUCAUGGGGUCCGGUCGCGUGGGUGCUCACUCAAGAGCUGUUCCCCAACAGCAUGCGGUCGCGAGGUGUCUCGAUCGUGGCGUCGACGAACUGGAUGUUCAACUUCAUCAUCGGCCUGACGACCCGCGACAUGAUCAACUCGAUGAAGUUUGGCACUUACAUCUUUUUUGCCUUCUUCUCUGGCGCAGGCGGUAUCUUUGUCUGGUUUCUUUGCCCAGAAACCAAGAACAAGACCCUCGAGGAGCUCGAUGUGUUCUUCGGCGGCUCCAUCGAUAGCGUCGCCCAGGCCGAUCGAGAACGGAUGCAACGCAUCAACGAGCGACUUGGAAUCACCGGGGCUGAACACCCUAAUGAUCUCGUGGGACGUACAGCUUCGGUCGGUCAAGAGAAGGGAAUACCCGUGGCCGCAGAGGCAGAACAUGACUUCAAGGCAUAA